AUGGAUGAGGGGUGCGAUGUGAUCGUGUUGGGCACGGGUCUCAAGGAGUGCAUUCUCAGCGGUCUUCUCUCUGUCGAUGGCCUCAAGGUUCUGAACAUGGACAAGAAUGACUAUUACGGAGGAGAAUCCACUUCACUCAAUCUUCUUCAACUUUGGAAGAGAUUCAGGGGAGAUGACAAGCCUCCUUCACAUUUGGGCGCUAGCAAGGACUAUAACAUCGAUAUGAACCCUAAGUUUAUUAUGGCUAAUGGCAAUUUGGUGUGGGUUCUCAUACAUACCAAUGUUACUAAGUAUCUCUCUUUCAAAGCUAUGCAUGGGAGCUUUGUGUUUAAUAAAGGAAAGGUAUUUCAUAAGGUGCCCACAAACAACAUGGAGGCCUUGAAGUCUCCACUUAUGGGGCUAUUUGAAAAAUGCCGAGCACGCAAGUUUUUCAUUUAUGUGCAAAAUUACAAUGAGAGUGAUCCCAAGACCCAUGAAGGGAUGGACUUGACAAGAGUGAAUACUAAAGAGUUUAUAGUGUAUAUGUACACUUGUUUUCUUGUCGUGUUCAUUAUUUAUGCAGAUUUUAAUGUCUCAAGCUCAGCAUUUGCGUUGCCUUCAUACACUGCGUAA